AAAGGUAUUCUGCUAACUGAAUCCACCCAACCCACACCACCACCCACCUUUCAGAAGCGGCAACCGUCGCCUCUCUUCUCGGAGAACCAAACGAACGCCGUCGUCCUUCGGCCACUGCUGUGCCAGCGCCAGCUCUGGAAGGAAGCUGCAGUCUUGUUAUCAAAUCAGUUACGGUCCGACAGUGUUUCGGUGCGGUUGUCCUCGUGGUAUUGGGUUGGAUUGGUUUUCUCGUUGAUUGAACGGUCGCGGUUAGUGUGGCUAUCGUUAGACUGCUUGACACCGCCAGGCAUUAGUCGAUCCGGGUUGGUUUCGUCCACCAAGGCCAUGGCCUGGAUGGGAGAAUAGUGUUGGAAGCACUUUACGGAGCGGUAGUAGUGAGGACGCUUGCAACCGAGCACCAGGCACCGAGACAGCCUCCACCCCGGCGAGGAGGAGUGUGUUCAACAUGACGGCCACUGCGAUAGACUACGACUACCUUAUCAAAUUCCUUACCAUCGGUGAUUCCGGCGUUGGGAAAACGAGCUUCCUCUAUCAGUACACAGAUGGUGUGUUCCAUACGAAGUUUAUCUCGACGGUGGGGAUUGACUUUCGCGAGAAACGGGUGCUGUAUAACUCAAAUGGCAUCAACCACCGGGUACACCUGCAACUGUGGGACACGGCCGGCCAGGAACGUUUCCGCAGUCUAACCACUGCCUUCUACCGCGACUCGAUGGGCUUCAUCCUCAUCUUCGACAUCACCAACGAGCAGAGCUUCCUCGACGUGCAGUGCUGGAUGGAACAGCUGAAACAGCACGCCUACUGCGAGGACCCGGACAUCAUCUUGUGCGGCAACAAGGCCGACCUAGAUCACAAACGGGUCAUCAGCGAAACGAGGGCCCAGUGUUUGGCCGACAAGUACCGCAUCGAGUACAUUGAAACGAGUGCGUUCACGGGGCACAAUGUGGCCACUGCCGUGGAACGGCUGCUCGACAAGGUCAUGAAGCGGAUCGAAACCAUUGUGCUGAGUUCCACGAUACAGGCCCGGAGGGGUGUGCCGAAGUUGUUUGUGGACACGAAGAGCCCUCCGGUGAAGCUGGAAGAAGCGUCCGAUACGGAAAAGUCGUCCGGAUGUAGGUGUUAGAUUAGGAUUGUUUUGUAGCACGUUCAGCGAUUCCAUGCGGAAUUGCUGAUCAUGAAAACCAUUUGUGAAUCUCUCAAGGAACGUUUCCUAGACAAAUUUUGACUAUUGUAUUGAGCUUUUAUACGAGAAACACGAUUGGCCACUUCUGGUCAUUGACCGUUGGUCAGUCACAUUGUGAAUUGUUAUAAACAAAUUGAUGUUGCAUUUUUAUUUGUUCGUAAAACGAGAACCAAAACCGAAGACCUUUGAUACCAAUUUGUACAGUUGGUGUUUGUAUUAUGACGAACGUGUGUCGAGACGAUAGCAGCCAAACACAAAUUGUGAGUAAGACAAUAUAAACGUUUGAAAUGAAGCAAAGUUGAGAACCGAAACCAGUAUUGAAUGUUGACUCCAUAGAUGUAUACAUAUUAAGAAAUGUUGGUAAUAUCAAAUCUGUCAGAUUUUAUAAGAA